UCAACAACGCACAUUGAUUGCGUCAACGUCACGUUGCUCCGCCAAUACGUCUCCUCUCCGGAUUCCGGUGGCCUACAGAAGCGCGCUGGUACCUCUACGCCUCAAGAAACGUGGACCUGAGCCUUCCUUGGGGGCCCUUCGUUAGACCUGUUCUUCCAUUCGGCAACUGCCUUCGGGACGUUUUGCGACCACCCGAUUUUUCAACACCUUUCGCAACGGCGAUGCCGUCUGUGCGCGUAGAUCCGUAGUGUACAGGCCGAUCCACAGCAUCUGCUGAGAUCCUGUUCUUGACCGGACACUCCCGUCUACCUAGGCCGCCCUUGGAGAGCGGGAGCCCGCUGCGCCCUUUUGAAAAGUGCACACAGACAUUCCGUGAUGUGUAUACGUCUUACUUCUUACGAUGCUGCGCAACAGAUCAGCCGCUUCAGUUUUGCAGAAGACAUACGAUGAAAGCUACCUGACAUGCUCCACUGCUGUCUAUUACGAAGGCCAGGGCAAUGAGGAUGAGGCUAUGCGAUGCUGGAAACAGGCACUCGAACAAAUCUAUGACCAGCAAGCAAACAAAAUCUUGCCAGCCUUCACCCCACGUUCCGAGACGGAGAAGGCGCUGGUGGACAGUCUUCGGCAACUCGAGGUACAGUGCAAGGAACGAAUUGAUCUUCUAGAGGCCCUGCGUCUUUCGCGCCUCGAAUCCCUCGAGCAUGACGCUACACCAUCCGCGUCACGUUUGUCACCGUUGCCGAACCCUUCAGACCCCCCCAAGGGCUGGAUAGGUGACGGAACAAUCCCAGCCGUAACCUAUACAGACCUUUCCCGACCAACUCCCGCCAAGCGACCCUUUGUAGGGACUAGGUCCAUCUCAGAACAUACCAUGCCUACACCUGGGCCUUCUGCCGAGGUGCGUACGCCAGGCGGGGAGUUUCCCUUUGCAUGCACACGACCAGUGUUACCGUCGCCACCGUCGGCGUCAAGGCCUUCGCUCGAGGAGGGAACAUCGUCAGGGACACGCAGCCCCGAGAAGCAUACCAUGCGCACAACCCUGCGGACCGGACGUUUGGGAGACAAGAGAACUAGCCAUCGCCAGACGCCUCCAACCUCGGUUUCAGAACGCCCUGGUGCCAGUAAGGCAGCCUCGCUUGCCUGGAGCUAUCUUGGGAAAAGAGAAAGAUCGAGUCCGUCAGGGAGUGUCAGCGGUAAUAGUGGGGGAACUGGCACCACUGAUCAGACGAGUUCGGUACCGCUCGCAAGCUCUCCCUACUUAGUGGAAAGGCGACGUCAAAGUCCAGCGUUGGCAGGCCGGCAGCAGCAAUGGGACACGCAUACCAGGCGAUUGGUCAUGGGUCGUCCUCGGAGCCAAUCCAAACCGCCUCAUGCACGGCCUACUCCGGAAUCAUCGACACCCCGCCGUUCUGAUGAGCAUACACACACUCGCCAAUCCUCCUUCACCAUCAGCGCUGCUGCCGCAUCAAGUGCACUCAACUCAUUGACUUUGAGGGAUAACAACGAGCGCUCGCCGUUGGAAGGGGGGGAAGGACCCCGGCGAAGAACCGCUCCGUUACAGACACCAAGGAGGAGGCCUCUGCCUGCGACGGGGAACACAGAUGAGGAAGACACUGCAUACUCUGCGAAAGGAAGCGCAACAACGACCAGAAAAUCGAACAGAAAGAUGUCCGAUCCAACGCUGGCCCAACGGAAGCCCAUCAGCCGAACUUCUUACCUAACAAGCACGGCAAGGCCUGCGUCGGGCAGAUCGGCAACGACACAGGAUGUUGAUACACCUCGGAUGAGCGCUAAGGCAAGGGGCAAAAAGCUUGAACAAGUCCCAAUUUCGUCAAGUUCUGAGGAUUCUGAAUAUGAAACUCCCCGACGGCCGACAACAAGACAGCACCUAAGACAAAGACUGAAGCAGAGGGAUGUUUCCCUAGUUGCCGAUACACCGGCCCACAACUCCAAAAGCCAAGAAUCUGAAGGCAACGAUGGGGCGGCUCAACAAAGGUCAGAAGCUGCCAAGUGGAACAAGCAAAAGGCAAAGAUAUUGCGCCGUCUUCCUCCAGGGGUUGAUGAACAUGCUGCGAAACAGAUUCUAAACGAAAUCGUCGUUCAGGGUGAUGAAGUUCACUGGAAUGACAUAGCCGGCCUCGAGGUAGCCAAAAAUGCACUUCGGGAGACCGUAGUUUAUCCUUUUCUCCGACCGGAUCUAUUUAGGGGUCUUCGCGAGCCGGCCAGAGGCAUGCUGCUUUUUGGGCCACCGGGAACAGGAAAGACUAUGUUGGCGCGCGCAGUGGCCACGGAGUCUAAAUCUACCUUCUUCUCCAUCUCUGCUAGUAGUCUGACAAGUAAGUACCUCGGCGAAUCAGAGAAACUUGUUAGGGCACUGUUUACGCUGGCAAAGGUAUUGUCGCCGAGCAUCAUUUUUGUUGAUGAGAUUGACUCGCUGCUGUCGCAGAGAUCUGGCUCUGGGGAACACGAGGCCACGAUGAGGAUUAAGACGGAGUUCCUCAUUCAAUGGAGUGAUCUUCAGAGAGCUGCUGCCGGCAAAGAAACUGCAGCAAUAGGAACAAAGGAAAACGGCACCGAUGAUGAUGUGAACAGAGUCUUGGUGCUUGCCGCCACGAAUCUCCCGUGGGCUAUCGACGAGGCUGCAAGACGACGAUUCGUGAGGAGACAGUAUAUCCCACUUCCCGAAGCUGAUACAAGAGCAAUUCAGUUCAAAACGCUCCUCAGUCAGCAAAAGCAUACACUGGCCAACGAGGACAUCAAUGAGCUUGUGGAUAUGACCGAUGGUAAGUGGCGCUACCCGUUCGUGAAUGUUUCGCCAGCCAAUUAACUCCCUGGCCGGGUUGCCCGCCAGAUACCUUUUGCUAAGCACGUGCACCUCGCAGGAUUUUCCGGAUCCGAUAUCACAGCGUUAGCUAAAGAUGCGGCCAUGGGUCCUUUGCGGUCUUUAGGUGAAGCGUUACUUCAAACGACCAUGGACCAAAUACGCCCAAUUGAGCUGAAGGAUUUCGUCACCAGUCUGGCUACCAUUCGGCCUAGCGUUAGCAAGGCAAACCUGAAGUUUUAUGAAGAUUGGGCAAGAGAUUUUGGAGAAAGAGGCG